GUUGAUGCUGCAAGAGAAAGAAACUUUAGUAUAUUUUAGAUAAGUAGCAAAGUUUUGAAAAGAAAAAAAAGGGGAGAAGAAGAAAUCUGGGUAAGGAUGAACAUUCGUACAAUGCAGGUCUGGGGGUUUCUGUUGUCGGUGACGGGAUGGAUCUUUGUGUCCUGUUCAAUGGCCAUGGAAGCCUGGAAGGUCGCUCCUAUUGGAGGGGUCGGUGGGAGCAACAUCAUAUCGGUGGGCUGGCACUGGUCCAGUCUGUGGAGAGAAUGCUUCACCGACUCUGCUUCCACAACCAGAUGCUACGAUUUCCCCGUGCUGUGGGCUGUCAAAGGUUAUCUUCAGAUCGUGAGAGCUCUGCUGAUGGCCGGCAUGGGUGUCGGAGUUCUCGCUAUUAUCCUCAGCCUUGUAGGGAUGGAGUGCACCUACAUCGGAGGAAACGACAAUGAGAAGAACCGAUCUGUGCGUGCAGCAGGCAUCUGUCACGUAUCAGGCGGUAAAAGUCUUCACAAUGUUAUUUUAAGAGAGUUCAGUGUGUUUGUGUGUGUGUAUUUGACUGACCGUGUUGUUGUCUCAGGUUUGCUGGCGUCCGCUGGUUAUGCUGUUUAUGCUGAGCGUAUUUAUACAGAGUAUUACAACCCUACAAUUGCUGGCUUGCAAUAUGAAUUGGGAGUUCCGUUGUUUCUUGGAUGGUCGGGAUGUGCUGUUCAGAUCACUGGAGGGGCUUUCUUUCUAGUUUCAGUCUCCAGACUCUCAUCUCAGACCUACAUUCAGUAAGUGUUUAACUAAUAAUAAUAAUAUACAGUUGAAGUUAUUAGCCCCCUUUAAAUUUUUUU